AAUGCAAUAGGAUGUUCGUUGUCUACUAUCACUAGUUCAGAUGUUGGUGUUCGCCACGAAGGAGAGAUUUUGAAGUUUGAAGUGGUAGAUAACAUCUUUUGAAAAUUGUCACAAUUUGUAGUUAUGCGUAGCAUUGUAUACAAACUGCAGGGAUUAGCUGCAAAUGACCAAGCAGUUAUAAGAAGUCGGCGAGCGACGUUUGGAUAUAAGGUGCAGAUAUGGCAUUAAAAAAAGAAGAAACAUCAGAUGAUUUUGCCAAGGUGGAAGAUAAUAAUGAUGCACGCAGAGUUUAUGCAGCCAUAUCAUUUGUUGUUGUCCUCAUUGUGAUUGGGUUGCCACUCUGGUGGGAAACAACAGAUGUGUAUCGUGUUCCCUUGCCUUACUCCAGAAUUGCCGCUCUUGAUAGUUUAGAUGUGACCCUGGCAAUGAACAUCAGCAUUACAACUUUAGAUGCUGCUCGAGGAGACAAAUUGAUAGAAGAUUUAAAAGAUAUCCUUAAAACUUCAAAAUUGUUUCAGUUCACCUUCCGUGCACUGCCACUGGAGAAGAAGCAUUUCGCUCUUGCACACAGUCCUGAAGGCUUAGAAAGUGGUUCCUUCCACCCGAGAAAGUCUGGGGAGCUGUUCCUCUUGGAAGUUCCGGGACUGACGAGAUUUACCCCAAAUCAUGUUAUGGUGGGACUGAAGAGAACCGUUUAUUUCUCGUCUGAGGCCAGGCAGGAGCGAACCACGAUAUUCCCCAUUUUUUUUCUAGCGGCUGUAAAGUUAAGUGAAGUCUUGGAAUUGCUGUUAUUACGAGAAAAGUCACUAAGGCAAAUGGUGGCAGCCAUGACAACACCUACAGAGACAGAUCAGGAUCGUUCAGGACGCCGCCGAAUGCCUGCAGCCGAAGAGUAUGAUAUCAUGAUGACAGUGGUAAAUCCAGAACCUGAGAAGUUGCAGAUAGACUGGGAUCUGCCAGAGGCUGUACAAGACUACUUGGAACCAUUUCUGUACGAGCUGUCACCACUUGCAGGCUACACUGUCAAGUCGCAGUGGCUAUACUUUGUUACACUAAAUGUUCAACCCAAACUUGUAAUUGACACCUCGGGGUUUGGACAUCAGCACUAUGCCCUUGCAGAGGACUUACUGCCGCAGAUCAUAACACCUUUAGAGAAGAAACUUGCGUCACGCGUGUCACGAAACCCAUGUCUUAACUUCGUCGUAUAUAUACCUCCAUGUGAAGCCGCUCCUCUUCACAUCUACACCCGACAAGGCGUGAGAGUGAAGGGUGGAGUGGAUGCAUUUCUGUCCCCGCGAUGGGGAGGCAUAGUAAUUCACAACCCAUCCCACAUGGUCUGUCACAACUCAUCUGUUCCUGAACCAAAGGAAUAUUCACCAGACACAGUUGCGAUCAUGGGAGUUUUUCUUGCCCAGUUGAGACUGUUGAUGGGUAUCCCAGAACUGGAAGGAAUUUCAAGAGUAGGUCAGCUUCCAUUAUCAACAGUGAGUUUGCGUCAGUGGGAGUUUGACUCUUUGCUCAGAAUGAGAACCCUGGAACAGCUCACUUCUGCCAAGCUGACACUUCAGUCUCUGUCACAACUUCUUGGAAAAAUCAGCAACAUUGUCAUUAAUGAUGCUGUUGGUAACUCUAUAUACCAAGUUGUGGACUGUGUUGAACGUGCAGCUCAUUUGCUCAAGAUCGGACAGCUGGACGAAGCAUUUAAUGAAUCAAAAAAAGCAUUUUUGUCUGCUGAAGCUGCGUUUACAGAUCCAUCUCUUCUGGCAUUGCUCUAUUUCCCUGAUGAUCAGAAGUACGCAGUGUAUAUCCCAUUGUUCCUGCCAGUGAUGAUUCCGGUCGUCAUGUCACUGAAGAAUAUCUGUGCUUGGUUUUCGGGCAGAAUGUGUUCCAAACACAAGCUGAAGAAAGAAUGAUUUAAUUCUUCAACUGUUAGUGUUUGUUUCCUGGUUCAUUUACAUUUUGCUGCAACUUUUUAACAUAUAUAAAUAAUGAUCUGUUUUUAUGUUGUAAUUUGGACUUUAACCCUUUGCGGUCCUAUGUCGGACUGAGUCCGCCACGUGGUUUACGAAUUUUAUACAUGAUCUGGAGUCAAGCUGAGGCUGGCAAACAGCGUCAGCAUUCAAGCCUU